UUCAUACAAAUUUAAAAGAAAACAAAACAAAGCCAUGGCUUCUCCUCCCCCACUAUCAUCCAACACAAUUACCACUUUUUACUCCACCGCCCCUUCAAUCUGUCAUAUCUUUCCAAACAAAACCCAGAUUUCCUUACUCAGAAAUCGUAUCAGAGGAUCAUGUAAAGCAACAAUCAAUAGUGACCAAAACCAUGUAAAAUUUGAUGGGAGGAGAAAUGCGCUUGUCGGUCUAGGAGGGCUCGCCUUGGCUAAUCUGAGCGGCAUAACAAGGCCUUUUGGUGCAGCAAAUGCGGCAGAGACCUCAAAAAAAGUAGCACUGGUGCAGAGCAGUGAGCUGCCCAUAGCUUUGGACUCGGUGAUCAGUGUGAUUGUGGAAAGGCCAAGGAAGUCGAGGAGCCAGAAGGAGAAGGAAGAGGAAGAGGAGGUUUUGGUGAUUGAAGGGGUUGAGUUUGUGGCAGAUAAGGCUCUGGUAUUUGAUGUGCAUGUGAACGAUGAUGAGAACUCGCUGAGUCGACCCGACAAGGCCGAGUUUGCUGGGAGCUUGGUGUUUUUGCCGCAGUACAAGAAGAAGGUGAAAACCAGCCUGCAUCUUGGGAUAACGGACUUGUUGGAGCAAAUUGGAGCUGACGAUGAGAGCUUUAUAAAGGUCACUUUGGUGCCAAGGUAUGUCCUGCGUCCUGUCACCAUUGGUGGGAUCAAGAUCGAUUAUUUUGCCUAGCCUUAGCCUGAGCCUACGACCGCAUAAUGAAUUAAGAUACUGAAUCAAGUUGCUCUGUUUCAACUUGUGUAAGUUUCAUCCUCUAUAAGUUUGUGUAACACAUACGAGUUAAGUAGCAUUGUUGUUUUGAUUAGUUAACCACAAAAUCAUGCAAAACAAACAUUUUCUUCAUUGCGGGAAGACGAGUUUGAAUGUUAGAUUGAGAGAGACCCCAAACCUUCCCAACCCCAAAAGUCACAAGAUGCUAAGCAAAUGCAGAUAAAAGUGUGGAUGGAAGCUCACGUAACACGCUCUUUUCUGCAGUGAAAUUUUGGUGGAAUGCUCUCAAACAACACCCCAAAAGACAAAAGGCUAGAAACUUAAGCAACAGAUUAUACUAUUAUUGGUUUUUGAAGUUGCCGCAAGAGAUAUCAGUUAUUGGGCUUCCUCUAUGGAUUUGAAAAGGUGUUACACUCUGUAGUAUCCAAUUUCUAAAAUUAAUUAAAUAUUAUCUUGGCGAUUGCAAAUUAAA